AUGCCAGUAUACCUGCCGGAGAACGACUACGACCUUCCCAACAUCGACCUGCUCACGCUCCUGUUUGAAUCCCACAUUGUUCAAGGCGAUGAGCAAAGCAUUCUUCACGCCGAAGCAGCCGAUCCCUCCAAUGCUCUCACGAAAGCGCAAACGCGCCAGCUAACCCGACACGUAGCGUACAUCCUGCGGCACCAUUUCGGUAUUGGUAGUCAGGGAGCAGGAAAAGAUGUGGUCAUCGCGGUAUCACAUGGGCAGAUCUUGCUACCUGUCCUGUUUUACGGAGUAGUUGCCGCCAGUGGCGUCUGGAGUGCGGCCUCCCCGACAGCAACCAGCGGGGAAUUGGAAAGACAGAUCAGACAAGGGGGAAGUAAUCUGGUCAUCACCGGUCCAAGUACCAAGGAUGUAACGAUCAAGGCGGCCCAGGAUGCUGGUGUUCCCCUAGAUCGGAUCCUUGUGCUGAGGAGCAUGGGCCAUGAACGAGUCCUGGAGAAUGUGAAGACAGGGCACAACUAUCUGGAGGGACUCAAGGAUACGGACGUGUUGGAUUGGGAGCGCAUCACGGACCCAAAACAGUUGAAAGAGUCGCUCGUCUGCCUGCUAUACAGCAGUGGGACGACUGGGCUUCCCAAAGGCGUCUGCGUCUCCCAUCUGAAUUUAGUCUCGGAGGGACUGAUUCCUUACUUCAUGGACCAGGAAUACCUCGCGAGACGACGAGAGAAGGAACCCGAUUACUUUCAGUAUCGGACUCUGGCUCACCUUCCAACCGCCCAUAUUGCGGGCUGUCAGGGCUAUUUUGUCAACGGCGCCAUAGCCGGUGGGACGACGUAUUGGAUGAAGAAGUUCGACUUCCCCAAGUUCCUCGAGUAUAACGAGAAACUCGGCAUUACCUUUUUGUUUACAGUGCCUCCUAUUCUUCUUCUCAUCACGCUCAGCCCCCUGGUCAAGGAUCAGUUCAAAACCAUGGAAAGAACGUACACGGGAGCUGCUCCUAUGGGCGCGGAUCUGCAAAUGAAAGCGCAGAAGAAGCUUGGAUGCGUGGUUAAUCAGACCUGGGGACUGAGUGAAACCACAGGUAGUGCUACUAUACUGCCGUGGGGGGUAGAGGACACAACGGGCAGCGUUAGUCGAGUUCUUCCGAACACGCGACUGAGAAUUGUUGACGAUGACGGCAAGGAUGUCGAGGAAGGCAAGGAGGGCGAGUUUCUCGUCAAGGGACCCGUCGUCACGACGGGGUACUUUAAGAACCCACAAGCUACCAAGGAGGCGUUUACCGACGAUGGCUGGUUCAAAACUGGGGACAUCGGUUUACGGAAGAACGGGCUCUUCUAUAUAGUCGACAGGAAGAAGGUAUACUUGUAUCUCCCAACCAAGUCCAUUCAUAUACUCACCGACUCACAGGAGCUCAUAAAAUACAAAGGCCUCCAAGUUGCACCAGCCGAACUCGAAGCCCUGCUUGUAUCCCACCCCUUGAUCAUGGACGCGGCAGUCAUCGGAGUCAAAGCCCCCGAUGGCUCGGGAAACGAAGUACCCAGAGCAUACAUUGUCACCGAUAAGCACAGCAUCAGCGAGAAGGAUGUGAAGGAGUUCGUCAAGUCAAAGCUGGCACCACACAAGCAGCUCCGUGGGGGUGUUGUAUAUGUGGAAGCUGUUCCUAAGAGUCCGAGUGGGAAGAUUCUUCGACGGGAAUUGCGCAAAUUGGCUAAGAAAGAGGACCGCAAGUCGAAGCUGUAAGGAUUCUAAGCAGUAAUGCCCUGUAUGGAAAUCAUAUGUCGUGAUCUUGCUGUACCAACUCCCUCUUGUCAAUGUGCAGUAUUUCAAUGAGAAAGCCUUUCUCGUCCAUAUUAUACAUAUUCGCUGGCUGCAUAUCAUAUUCCUUGGCCUUUCUAGUCAGUAUUCAAAAUAUAAAGAAUAUAUAAAGAAGUUGAAUGCAGAACCAGCCCGCUUGCAUGCGGCGUCUUGCUGUUUUUCAUACUGG